GAUUCUUUUCUUUCGGCUCUUCUUCACCUACCUUUCUUCCCUUCAAAUAAUUUGAGCUGAGGGGGAAAAAAAGGGAAAGCAAAAAUAUGUUUGAUUUUGGAGAUGAACUAACGAUUCUAAGCAACAGCAUCCCAUGGCUAAUUUGGAUCCAAAUACUCGUGAUGUUCCUUCUUAUACUUCUCCUCUAUUGCUUCGCCGCCACCAACACCACCAGCGGCAGCCUCUUCGAGUUGGACCUCUCCGCCGCUUCAGCUCCCCUUUCCUCCGAGUCGGAUAAAAUGCCUGUUUUUAAUCAUACUUCAACGCUGGUCUCCACUCGUUUCCAGGUGGGAGAAGAGCAGAGCAUAAAGGGUGAAAUAGCCCCAGGGACGAGCAAAGGAGUAAUAAGAGCAGCAGGAGAGAAUGUAGAAAUGGAGGAAUGUUCUGGAAAUCAGAAUUGUCAUCAUCCUUGUCACUUUCUUAAGCUUGCAUUCCUCAAGUGCUUGGGUCUUGAUUCUUUGUCUGAAACUAGUUCCAAAACUACCGAACAAAGAAACCAAAGAUAGUCUCUCCACCUGAAAAAAAAAAAGAGUAAAAAUGUUGAUUUAUAGUUAUUCAAGAUUUGAUCAAGCCUAAU